UCUGCCAAUCCCUCCACUGGUCUCCACUCAGUGUCCUCCAUCCCUCUCUGCCAAUCCCUCCACUGGACUCCACUCGGUGUCCUCCAUCCCUCUCUCUGCCAAUCCCUCCACUGGCCUCCACUCAGUGUCCUCCACCCCUCUCUGCCAAUCCCUCCACUGGCCUCCACUCAGUGUCCUCCACCGCUCUCUGCCAAUCCCUCCACUGGCCUCCACUCAGUGUCCUCCACCGCUCUCUGCCAAUCCCUCCACUGGCCUCCACUCAGUGUCCUCCACCCCCUCUCUGCCAAUCCCUCCACUGGCCUCCACUCAGUGUCCUCCACCCCUCUCUGCCAAUCCCUCCACUGGCCUCCACUCAGUGUCCUCCACCCCUCUCUGCCAAUCCCUCCACUGGCCUCCACUCAGUGUCCUCCACCCCUCUCUGCCAAUCCCUCCACUGGCCUCCACUCAUGUCCUCCACCCCCUCUCUGCCAAUCCCUCCACUGGCCUCCACUCAGUGUUCUCCACCCCUCUCUGCCAAUCCCUCCAUUCAAAACAUUAACAAUCACAUAUAAAACCAUUUAUAACUCUGCCCCAAAUUACAUCACCGAUCUUGUCUCUAAAUAUCACCCAAACCGUACUCUCCAUUCCUCGCACGACCUCCUACUCUCUAGCUUUCUUUUCUCCUCCUCCCAUGCUCAUCUACAGGACUUCUCCAGAGCUUCCUCCUCUGGAACUCUCUACCCCAAUCUAUCCGACUAUCUCCUACUCUGCUCACUUUUAGGCGAUCUCUGAAAACCUAUCUCUUCAGGGAAGCCUAUCCUGCCCUCAGCUAAUACUGGAAUCUUCUACUCUUCCAACCAGUCCAUCCCCCACAGUUACUAUGUUUUGUAACGCUAGCCCCUCCCUCCUAGAUUGUAAGCUCCCAGGAUCAGGGCUCUCCUUUCCCUCU